AUGUGGCGAUUUCAUGCCCGUCGGCGAAGAAGGAACACCGGGCGCUUUUCGGUGCGCCGCAUGCGACUGCCACCGCAGCUUCCACCGCCAGGAGAUGGAUGCUCCAAGAACCUCCGGCGUCGAUAUUACUCUUUCAUCCGCCUCCGCUCUCAUAGGCACAAUAAGCCGGUAGCCACCAGCACUAGGGCUGGCUAUUUGGACCGGGACCGGAUAAAAAACCGGAAACCGGACCGUAUAACCCGGACCGAGACCGGACCGGGACCGGAUAGUAAACAAUCCAAUCCAAUCUUUGGGCUUAGAUUUUAG